AUGGCCCGGGCCGCGGCCCUCCCGCCGUCGAGACCGUCGCCGACUCCGCUGCUGCCGCUGCUGCUGCUGCUGCUCCGAGAAGCCGGAGCCCAGAAUGGGCGGGUCAGCAUGCCCGCCGAGGUGCGGGGCCGCCUGGGGGACACGGUGGAGCUGCCGUGCCACCUGCUGUCGCCGGGGCCUAAGGGCAACGUCUCCCAGGUGACAUGGCAGCGCCUGGACCCGUCUGGGGACCUGCAGAGCGUGGCCGCCUUCCACCCGUCCCACGGCCUCAGCUUCCCCAGCCGGCAGUUCCCCAAGGACCGGCUGUCCUUCCGCUCCAUGGGCCAGAGCCCUGGCUCCCGGCCGGGCGCCGAGCUGCGGGACGCCACGCUGGUCCUGCAGGGCCUGAGAGUGGAGGACGAGGGCAACUUCUCCUGCGAGUUUGCCACCUUCCCCCUGGGCACCAGUCGUGGGGUGACCUGGCUCAGGACCAUAGCCCAGCCCCAGAACCACGCCGAGACCCAGGAGGUGGCCCUCAGCGCGGAGCCGGUGCCCGUGGCGCGCUGCGUCUCCUCGGGGGGCCGCCCGCCCGCCAGGAUCUCCUGGCUCUCGCCCCUGCACGGGGAGCAGAAGGAGACCGAGACCUCGGGGCCCCUGUCCGGCACGGUCACCGUCACCAGCCGCUACGCCGUGGUGCCCUCCAGCCAAGUAGAUGGCGUCAAGAUCACCUGCAAGGUGGAGCACGAGGCCCUGGAGGAGCCCGCCCUGCUGCCCGUGACCCUGUCAGUGCGCUACCCCCCCGAGGUCUCCAUCUCUGGCUAUGACGACAACUGGUACCUCGGCCGUAGUGAGGCCACUCUGAACUGUGAUGUUCGCAGCAACCCGCAGCCCACAAGCUACAUCUGGAGCACGACCUCGGGCUCCUUACCGGCCUCAGCGAAAGACCAGGGCCCCCAGCUGCUAGUCCACCUGGUGGACAGGCUGGUCAACACCACCUUCGUCUGCACCGCCAGCAACGCGGAGGGCACGGGCCGCGCCGAGCAGGUGGUGCUGGUUCGAGAGUCCCCCAACACGUCAGGUGCAGGAGCCACGGGGGGCAUCAUCGGGGGCAUCAUCGCCGCCAUCAUUGCCACCGCGGUGGUCGCCACGGGCAUCCUCAUCUGCCGGCAGCAGCGGAAGGAGCAGAGGCUGCAGGGGGCAGAGGAGGAGGAAGAUGACCUGGAGGGGCCUCCGUCAUACAAGCCACCAACCCCAAAAGCAAAGCUGGAGGAGCCAGAGAUGCCCUCCCAGCUCUUCACUCUUGGGGCCUCAGAGCACAGCCCGCUCAAGACCCCCUACUUUGAUGCCGGCGUCUCGUGUGCUGAGCAGGAAAUGCCUCGGUACCAUGAGCUGCCCACCUUGGAAGAGCGGUCAGGGCCCCUGCUUCUGGGGGCCAUGAAUCUCGGGUCCCCCAUCCUGGUGCCUGCAGGGCCGCCUGCUGUGGAGAGGCUGCCCCUGGAUCUGGAGGACUUGGAUGAUGAUGAGGAAGACUACCUGGACAAGAUCAACCCCAUCUAUGACGCCCUCUCCUACGCUAGUCCCUCUGAUUCCUACUCAAGCAAAGGCUUUGUCAUGUCCCGGGCCAUGUACGUGUGA